CAAAUUCUUUAAGAGUUCUUUGUUGGAGGUAUUAUCCUUCAAAUUCUCUACCGUCAACUUUCUAGCCAGAUGAGCUUGUUAUGCUUUGUUUGCCAAAGAGUAGAAUUGAACAACUUUUGAUAGGAAUAAAGAAUUUUGACAAGUUGAAGAUCAUCGACUUGUCUAGCUCGGGCUUUAUUAUAUCCCCAAACUUCACUGGAGUCCCAAAUCUUGAGAAAUUAACUCUUUCAUAUUGUCAACAAUUACGUGAACUUCAUCCAUCCGUUCGAAUUCUUAAAAAGCUUGUUCAUUUUCAUCUAAAGUCUUGCAAAAAUCUUGUGUGUCUUCCUAGUAUCAUUUGUAGUUUGAAUUCACUUGAACAGCUUGAUCUUUGUGGGUGCUCAAAUUUUGACAACUUGCCGGAGAACCUAGGGAAUCUCAAAGGUCUCAAGAUGCUUCAUUUGAGUGGAACAGCUAUAAAAGAGCUGCCUUCAUCAAUUGCUGGUUUGACAGCUCUUACUUCAUUGAUUCUCCAAGGUUGUAAGAAUCUUGUGUGCCUUCCUAGCACCAUUUGUAGUUUGAAAUUGCGAGAAUGUCUUGAUCUUUCUUAUUGCUCAAAUUUUGACAACUUGCCGGAGAACUUAGGUAAUCUCAAAGGUCUCAAGAUGCUUCAUUUGAGUGGAACAGCUAUAAAACAGCUGCCUUCAUCAAUUGAUGGUUUGACAGCCCUUACUUCAUUGACUCUCCAAUAUUGUAAUCUCAAAGGUCUCAAGAUGCUUCAUUUGAGUGGAACAGCUAUAAAACAGCUGCCUUCAUCAAUUGAUGGUUUGACAGCCCUUAUUUCAUUGACUCUCCAAUAUUGUAAUCUCAAAGGUCUCAAGAUGCUUCAUUUGAGUGAAACAGCUAUAAAACAGCUGCCUUCAUCAAUUGAUGGUUUGACAGCCCUUACUUCAUUGACUCUCCAAUAUUGUAAGAAUCUUGUGUGCCUUCCUAGUACCAUUUGUAGUUUGAAAUUGUUGGAAUGUCUUGAUCUUUCUAGAUGCUUAAAUUUUGACAACUUGCCAGAGAACCUAGGUAAUCUCAAAGGUCUCAAGAUGCUUCAUUUGAGUGGAACAGCUAUAAAAGAGCUGCCUUCAUCACUCGAUGGUUUGACAGCCCUGACUUCAUUGCGUCUCAAAGAUUGUAAGAAUCUUGUGUGCCUUCCUAGCACCAUUUGUAGUCGGAAAUUGCAGAAAUGUCUUGAUCUUUCUAGAUGCUCAAAUUUUGACAACUUGCCGGAGAACCUAGGGAAUCACAAAGGUCUCAAGUAUCUUUAUUUGAGUGGAACAGCUAUAAAAGAGCUGCCUUCAUCAAUUGAUGGUUUGACAGCCCUUACUUCAUUGCGUCUCAAAGAUUGUAAGAAUCUUGUGUGCCUUCCUAGCACCAUUUGUAGUCUGAAAUUGCUGCAAUGUCUUGAUCUUUCUGGAUGCCCAAAUUGUGACAACUUGUUGGAGAACCUAGGGAAUCUCAAAGGUCUCAAUUAUCUUUAUUUGAGUGGAACAGCUAUAAAAGAGCUGCCUUCAUCAAUUGAUGGUUUGACAGACCUUACUUCAUUGAUUCUCCAAGGUUGUAAGAAUCUUGUGUGCCUUCUUAGCACCAUUUGUAGUUUGAAAUUGCUGGAAUCUCUUGAUCUUUCUGGAUGCUCAAAUUAUGACAACUUGCCGGAGAACCUAGGGAAUCUCAAAGGUCUCAAGGAGCUCGAUUUGAGUAAAACAGCUAUAAAAGAGCUGCCUUCAUCAAUCGAUGGUUUGAUAGCCCUUACUUCAUUGAUUCUCAAAGAUUGUAAAAAUCUUGUGUGCCUUCCUAACACCAUUUGUAGUUUGAAAUUGCUGGAAUGUCUUGAUCUUUCUAGAUGCUCAAAUUGUGACAACUUGCCGGAGAACCUAGGGAAUCUCAAAGGUCUCAAGGAGCUCGAUUUGAGUGAAACAGCUAUAAAAGAGCUGCCUUCAUCAAUCGAUGGUUUGAUAGCCCUUACUUCAUUGAUUCUCCUAGGUUGUAAGAAUCUUGUGUGCCAUCCUAACACCAUUUGUAGUUUGAAAUUGCUGGAAUGUCUUGAUCUUUCUGGAUGCGCAAAUUGUGACAACUUGCCGGAGAACCUAGGGAAUCUCAAAGGUCUCAAGGAGCUCGAUUUGAGUGAAACAGCUAUAGAAGAGCUACCUUCAUCAAUCGAUGGUUUGAUAGCCCUUACUUCAUUGAUUCUCCAAGGUUGUAAGAAUCUUGUGUGCCUUCCUAGCACCAUUUGUAGUUUGAAAUUGCUGGAAUCUCUUGAUCUUUCUGGAUGGCCAAAUUGUGACAACUUGCCGGAGAACCUAGGGAAUCUCAAAGGUCUCAUGAAGCUUUAUUUGAGUGGAACAGCUAUAAAAGAGCUGCCUUCAUCAAUCGAUGGUUUGACAGCCCUUACUUCAUUGCGUCUCAAAGAUUGUAAGAAUCUUGUGUGCCUUCCUAGCACCAUUUGUAGUCUGAAAUUGCUGCAAUGUCUUGAUCUUUCUGGAUGCUCAAAUUGUGACAACUUGCCGGAGAACCUAGGGAAUCUCAAAGGUCUCAAGGAGCUUGAUUUGAGUGAAACAGCUAUAAAAGAGCUGCCUUCAUCAAUCGAUGGUUUGAUCGCCCUUAUUUCAUUGAUUCUCCAAGGUUGUAAAAAUUUUGUGUGCCUUCCUAGCACCAUUUGUAGGUUGAAAUUGCUGGAAUCUCUUAAUCUUUCUGGAUGCUCAAAUUUUGACAACUCGCCGGAGAACCUUGGGAAUCUCAAAGGUCUCAAUUAACUUUAUUUGAGUGGAACAGCUAUA